AGGGCGGCGAGGGGGCGGCGCUGCCCUCCCGACCUCCAGGUUCCCUCGGGCCGAGUGCCCCAGUCUUUCUCGGGAAGAGGUUUCGGCGAGCGAUGGCUGCGACGCACUUAGGGCCCCGGGUCAGCGAGAUCUUCACCACCAUGGAGUACGGACCAGUACCUGAGAGCCACGCAUGCGCACUGGCCUGGCUGGACACACAUGACCGGCAGCUGGGCCACUGUGUGCAUGGGCAGUGGCUAAAGCCAGAACACAGGAACUCGGUGCCUUGCCAGGAUCCCGUCACAGGAGAGAUCUUGGCCAGUUGCCUUGAGGCCUCGGCUGAUGAUGUAGUCUCAGCGGUGGACGCAGCUAGGACUGCUUUUGUGGGCUGGAGCAGACUCCCCGGAACCUCCAGGGCCCAGCACCUGACCAGUUUGGCCAAGAGUAUCCAGAAGCACCAGCGGCUGCUGUGGACCCUGGAAUCCCUGGUGACUGGACGGGCUGUUCGUGAGGUUCGAGACCGGGAAGUCCCGCUGGCCCAGCAACUGCUCCAGUACUACGCAGUGCAGGCACAGGCUCAGAGUGAGACACUGGCGAGCUGGGAGCCCACAGGAGUCAUCGGCCUCAUCUUACCACCCACGUUCUCCUUUAUUGAAAUGAUGUGGAGGAUUUGCCCUGCUCUGGCUGUGGGCUGCACUGUGGUGGCCCUUGUUCCACCGGCCUCCCCAACACCCCUACUCGUGGCCCAGCUGGCAGGGGAGCUGGGCUCCUUCCCCGGGGUCCUCAAUGUGGUCAGUGGCUCUUCCUCCCUGGGGCCAGUGCUGGCGUCCCAGCCUGGAGUGCAGAUGGUGACCUUCUGUGGUGCUGUUGAGGAAGGACGCACCCUUCGACGGACCCUGGCAGGCCAGAGGGCUGAGCUGGGCCUGGCCCUGGGCUCAGAGUCGCUGCUGCUGCUGACAGACUCAGCGGACUUGGACUCAGCUGUGGAGGGUGUGGUUGAUGCUGCCUGGUCAGACCGCAGCCCGGGGGGCCUCAGGCUCCUCAUCCAGGAGUCUGUGUGGGAAGAAACCAUGCGGCGGCUCCAGGCCCGGAUGGGCAGGCUUCGGAGCGGCCCAGGACUGGAUGCGGCCGUGGACAUGGGGGCUCGAGGGGCUGCAGCACGUGACCUGGCCCAGAGCUAUGUGCUGGAGGCCCAGAGCCAGGGUGGACAGGUGUUCCAGGCUGGCGAUGUGCCCACAGAUAGCCCGUUUUAUCCCCCAACCUUAGUCUCAGGACUCCCCCCUGCCUCCCCAAGUGCCCAGGCAGAGGUGCCGUGGCCACUGGUUGUGGCCUCCCCUUUCCGCACAAGCAAAGAGGCGCUGGCCUUGGCCAAUGGGACUCCGUGGGGAGGCAGCGCCAGCGUGUGGAGCGAGAGGCUGGCGCAGGCGCUGGAGCUGGGCCACGGGCUCCAGGUGGGCACCGUGUGGAUCAAUGCCCAUGGGCUCAGGGACCCUGCAGUGCCCACGGGUGGCUGCAAGGAAAGUGGGUCUUCCUGGCAUGGGGAUCUGGAUGGUCUCCACGACUAUCUGCGCUCCUUAGUGACCCCUGCCCGGGUGCCCUUCCUUUGUGAGAGCCUCAACUACGAUACCUUUGGCCUCUCUGUCCCCUCAACUCUGCCAGCCGGGCCAGUAGUACCCAGCCCGGCACCCCCCUAUGGACUCUUUGUGGGAGGUCGUUUCCAGCCUCCUGGGGCCAGGAGUUCGAGGCCCAUCCUGGAUCUUUCCGGCGGCCUCCAUGGCUAUGUGGCGGAGGGCGGAGCCAAGGACGUCCGCGGCGCAGUGGAGGCCGCGCACCAGGCCGCCCCUGGCUGGGCAGCCCAGUCCCCCGCCGCCCGGCAGGCCGCGCUGGCGGCCCUGGCAGGCGCCCUGGAGCGCAGGCAGCCCGCGCUGCGCGCCAGGCUGGAGCGGCACGGUGUACAGCAGCAGCUGGCCAAGAUGGAGGUGGAGCUGAGCAUCGGCCGGCUCCGGACGUGGAGGGCCCGGGUGCAGGGCCAGGGCCAAGCCCUGCAGAUCGCAAGCCUAAGAGGCCUCGUGCUCAGGCUCCGGGAACCCCUCGGUGUAUUGGCUAUCGUGUGCCCAGACGAGUGGCCCCUGCUGGCCUUCAUGUCCCUGCUGGUGCCCGCUCUGGCUCAUGGGAACGCUGUGGUCUUGGUGCCCAGCGGGACCUGUCCCCUGCUGGCCCUGGAAGUCUGCCAGGAUAUGGCCACGCUGUUUCCUGCCGGCCUGGUGAACGUGGUAACAGGAGAUCGAGACCACCUGACUCGCACUCUGGCCUUGCACCAAGAUGUCCAGGCGCUGUGGUAUUUUGGAUCUGCCCAGGGGUCCCAGUUUGUGGAGUGGGCCUCAGCCGGUAACCUCAAGCCCGUGUGGGUGAACGGGGGCCGCUCACGGGCCUGGGAUCUGGAGACCGAGGGGGCAUCCGCAGAGCUGGGGCUGAGGGCAGCACGGACCAAGGCCCUGUGGCUGCCGAUGGGGGACUGACCUGAACCCCAACCGCCCCAUCCUGCAUCGAGAGGAGACGGAUCCCCACACACCACGGAUGCCUGGAACGUUCCUCUUUCCUGUAUCUUCUAAUA